ACGUAUCGAAAUCCACACAACUCGUCGUUAGCCUAUACAUUGACCAGAGUCUUCGCAAUACCGAAUUCCAUCUUCGAGCUGAUUACGGAACCGCCCAAGAAAUGCUCUAUAACCCCAACCCACUAAAGUUCGCCAGUUCAGGAUUCCAGAAUGUCAACGUCACGAUUCGUCCACCACCUUUCGCCACCACUACCAGUCCUUGGGGUAUUGCAGGGGAUUUUGACUGGAAGAUCAUCCUGGUCGCGAACAGUCAGCUAGUGCUUCCUGUUAAAACAAGUAACUGGACCACCUAUGUGAUUCAAGCGGCAUUCCAAGAUUUUGGUUUUGCGUACGAUACUACAAAUGGAGCGCCCCGGUUCGGUGUUGGUGACAAAGGAGGAGAAUUCGACCUCGGGACAUGGACCAGAUCAACGAACCAAAGUGUACGCAUAAAUUGCUAUGAUCAAGCUGGCAUUGUUCAGAUCGGGAUUGGACUUGCACCAAACCUGUCUGCGACGUGGUACUACUGUGAACCAUUCGGCUUCAUCAAUACCACCAAGUUAGUUGGUAUCCCCCAAGACUGCAACAACCCAUUCUUCAAGAGCAACAAUACCAAUCCAAAAGUUGGCAAUAAUGAUUCUCAGCGUACAAGCUUUGGGAACCAUGCCUUUACUAAAAUUGGUCAAAACAUUGGCGAUGCAUGCGCUGGCCCACACUUGGCCACAGAAGAGCUGCCC